UCGGUCAUGUGAUCAGCUGUGUCCAAUCACAGCUGAUCACAUAGCACUGAUGAUCAGUGUGCCCUGAUGAUCAGUAUGGCCCCAGAAGUGCCACCUGUCAGUGUCCAUCAGUGAUAGCUGUCAGUGCUCAUCCAUGCCACGUGCCAGUGCAUAUCAGUGCCAAAUUUCAGUGCCUAUCAGUGCCACAUCAAUACCACAUAUCAGUGCCCAUCUGAGCUGCCUUUCAGUGUCACCCAUCAGUGGCAGGCAUUGCCGCCUAUCAAUGCCAGUCAGUGCCACCUAUCAGUGCUGCCAAUCAGUGCCA